AUGAACGCAUCAUCAUCAUCAUCAUCAUCAUCAUCAUCAUCAUCAUCAUCAUCAUCAUCAUCAUCAUCAUCAUCAUCAUCAUCAUCAUCAUCAUCAUCAUCAUCAUCAUCAUCAUCAUCAUCAUCAUCAUCAUCAUCAUCAUCAUCAUCAUCAUCAUCAUCAUCAUCAUCAUCAUCAUCAUCAUCAUCAUCAUCAUCAUCAUCAUCAUCAUCAUCAUCAUCAUCAUCAUCAUCAUCAUCAUCAUCAUCAUCAUCAUCAUCAUCAUCAUCAUCAUCAUCAUCAUCAUCAUCAUCAUCAUCAUCAUCAUCAUCAUCAUCAUCAUCAUCAUCAUCAUCAUCAUCAUCAUCAUCAUCAUCAUCAUCAUCAUCAUCAUCAUCAUCAUUGUGA